AUGGAAGGUAUUAGUAGCAGCAACAAUAAUGGCAGUUGUGGCAUUAUGAAUAAAAAUAAUUCAAAUAUAGAGAAUAAAUUAAAUUUUAUCAAUCUAACACAAAAUAGUGAUGGUGACGAUGAUGGAAAGGAAGAUAGCAAUGUUAAAGAUAUUCAAACAACGGCUACUGAAAUUGAAAAGGCUGCUGAUGCUAAAGCCAUUAAUAUUAAUCAAACCAUAUCGGAAACAAUUGAUGAAUCUCAAGAUAUAGCCCAUUUAAAUAAUGUAGUUGAAAAAUACCAAUUCACAAUAGAAAAAAUAACAAGAGAAUUGGAUCAACUACAGCUAGAAAUGUACAAUGACAUAGAAAAAGAUGAAGAGGAAAGACAAGAAAUUGUAAGUACCACCAGUAAAUGGACCUGA